UUGAGGGUGCGCAGAGCCCAGGACUUGCAUAGCGCAGCUGCUGCGACCUGCCACCACCCAUCCGCCAUGGCUCUACUCGUCCGUGCACCACCGCUUCUCCACCUACAGCCUCCCCCCACCACCGCGCAAGCUUUCUUCGUCCGGCAACUCGCACCCACACCCCGCCGCCGUCCCCUCUCCGCCCGCGUCCGCGUGCGCGCCUCCAACUCCGACCCUCCGCAGCAGGUCAACCUCUCCGUCCUGCGCUUCACCCUCGGGAUCCCCGGGCUGGACGAGUCGUACCUCCCGCGGUGGAUAGGCCUCGGCUUCGGCGCCCUCGUCCUCCUCAACCACCUCCUCUCGCCGUCCCCAACCCCCGCGCAGCUCAGGUCGGAGGCUCUGGGGCUGUGCCUGGCCGCGUUCUCAGCGGCGCUGCCGUACCUCGGGCGUUUCCUAGAGGGUGCUGGUGCUUCCAGCCGUGUGCCGCUGCCAGAAGGGAGCAGGCAGGUGUUUGUGAUUCCUGAUGAUCUCUCGACGUCGCAGAAAGAGGAUAUGGCCUGGGCCACAUAUGUUCUGCUGCAGAACACGAACACCACAUCAGUGCUCAUAGCAAUUGGCAAUGUGUUGUGCAUACGAGGAUACUGGGAUCCUCCUGCAGAUAUCUCUAAAUAUGCAAUGAUUGAUUGGUUCAAGAGUCAGAUGGAACAAGCUGGACUCGACAAUCUGAGCAGUGCUUUGUACUUUCCUAAUUUUUCUGACACACAGCUUGGGAAUAUUCUACCACAAGGAAUUCUUUCUGUGUUGGCACAACCAAUUGUGAGCAACCCUGAUCCAGCUAACGGUGAAUCAAAAGCUGAAGGUGUCGUCCUGUUGGCCUCCAAUGCAAAUUAUGCAUACAGUGAGAAAGAUAUGGUUUGGAUAAGAACAGUUGCAAAUAAAUUUCGACUUGUGUAAAUCAUCAACACCCAAGUUGGACAAGAACGGAUGUUACGAUUCGCUUAGUGGAUGGGAUGUCUCAAGUGUGUGGUAACCAACAGCCAUAUGAAGUCUCUGCUUGGAAUGUGUACUUUGCAACAGCUGGAGGCAGAGGCGGAACACGCAAGCGGCGCCAUGGAGCGACGAACUAUUAGUUGAUGGACCUCUGCAAUGCCAUUACAUGUUUAACUAGCCCACCAACCACCCCCAUCUUUUCCAGCUGAAGCUGUGGUCUGAGCUAGAGCGUUGGGUGGUUCCUAUCAGCCGUCCUCAACGCCUCAUCAUCAUCCUGUGAUCUUGAUCUGCCUUGGCUUCUUGUGGUUUGAAAUCACUUGGCCUGGAACAUUAUCAGUUGGGCAUCCUUCCAAAGCCUUCUCCCAGGAGCCCUCUGCUGGGCUCUCUCACAAGCUUGAGUGUGCACCUACUACCUACGCCGUCUCAUGCGGUGUUGUUUAAUGCAUGCCGUCUGAUAUGGUUGAAGCAUCAAGCUGUAUUCUGUACUGUAUGGUACCAUGUUCGCCGUGUGGCUACUGUCACGCUGGAGAUCGAUCGGUUAAAUGGUCCACUCGUCUUUUGUGUGAACUGGCAGCAAAGGGGCAGUGGUGGUUCUGGGGAGGAUAUGCAUUGCUUCGUUGCUGGGAAAUUUCUGGUCGAAUGGGUGUACAAAUUUUCAACGAUUCUAAAACAGUGUACCGCGGCCAAGGGUAGUACGAACUUAAGAGUCGUAAAAGGGAACAUUUGAACAGGAUUUGCACGGUUCGGUGCGUUC